AAAUUUUUUGUUUUCAUAGUUCGCUUCAAGCAUCUGUUGCGCAUCCUUACUCAAUUCUAACCGUUUGAAUGAAAAUAACUAAUUUUUUGACGCAUGAAAAGCAAAUAAAAUACUUGCAACUGAACGUGUACUUUUAAUGGGUUGUGCUUGUACAAAAAAGAAGCUGAAUGCCAAGUUAUCAAAUGCAGAAGAGCCCAUUUGGUCAUCAAAUAAAAAAGCAUCUGAAGUCAGCGAAGUUUUCCUCUGCAAUUCAGAGGAAAGUAAGGUAGCCUCCAAUGGAUGUGGUCCUAUUCACACCGAGGAUACUUGUAAUAGUACAACCCCAACUCCAUCUCUUCAGAGAGAAGACAUAGCCUGUCAGACGGUUGAAAGUAUCCCCAAUGUGAUAUCAGACGGAAAGAUUUUAUCCAAUGGAUACUACCCGAAGUUCUCUCCCAUCCACGCCGAGUUCCUCAAAGCUAAAUCUCUCGAGUUAUUCUUGCAGCAAUCAAACAUUCCCUUGUCUAACGGUAUAAUUGAUUACGACUUGGAAGAAGAGAUACUUAGUAAAAACGUAGCCUCAACUUUGGAGGCGAUACGAGAGGAAUCUGAUCAGCUGACUAGUAGCCAAAAGGAGUCAGAAAAGAUGAAUAAACAGAACAGUGGAGCCAGAGAUGAUGAAGAUGAGGGGAACUUAAACAGUGGGUUCAAACAUAUAGACAGUGAUGGGGAAGAUGAUGAUGACCAGAAGACGCUCAAUAGCAACUUCACACUCUCGAUUGAGUCAAUUGAUACCGCCUUUUACUCCCUCAGUCGAGCCAGUUCUUAUCAGACUUCACUGGACUUCCUGUCUUCGGAAUGGAAUCUAACAGAUGUGGCCAGACGACAAGUAUUCAUUGCCGAUUUAUAGUCUUUUCUAUUCCGGUGAUCUAGAUAUGUUUGUACAAUUUAAUUCUGCAACCAAGUUAUUUGAA